UGUUCUUUGUGUUCGUGGGACUCGAGACUCUGGUGUUAUGAAACCGCUCAAUCUCAGUUUCAAUCACACAAUGUUUCUCACGCGAAUAUCAGCGGGCGGUUCCAUAGUGAUAAGAGCUGCGGCACCGGACAAGGACGCAGGUUUUCCCCUCCAGUUGCAGAAGAGGGAGCGUCCAGAUCCGGGGAAGGACCGAUCAUAAACUCGCGUCAUGGCUCAGAAGACAGUGCUAAUUGUGUACGCCCAUCAGAGUGGGGGGUCCUUUAACUCGGCAGCGAAGGAUGUUGCCGUGGAAGCCCUCAGACAGCAGGGCUACAAGGUUGUUGUGUCUGACCUUUACGCCAUGAACUUCAGAGCCUCCGCCACAAUGGAGGAUAUCACAGGUGAGGUGAAGAACCCGGAGCACUUCAAGUACGGAGAGGAGACCAUGCAUGCCUGGAAGGAGGGUCGACUCAGUGACGACAUCAUAGCUGAGCAGCGGAAAGUGGAGGCGGCGGAGCUCGUCAUCUUCCAGUUCCCUAUGUACUGGUUCAGCGUUCCAGCCAUCAUGAAGGGCUGGAUAGACAGAGUCCUGACUCAAGGCUUUGCCUUCUCGCUGCAGAAGAUGUACAACAAUGGAAUAUUCAAGGACAAGAAAGCCAUGUUGUCGUUCAGCACUGGGUCUAUGCAGACUAUGUACCGCCCUGACGGCAUCAACGGAGACAUUAACGUCACACUGUGGCCCCUACAGAACGGCGUGCUUCACUUCUGUGGGUUCCAGGUGCUAGCCCCCCAGGUGUUCUGGUGUCCGGGACACAGCCCCCCCGCGAAUCGGACAGCCAUGCUGGAUGGCUGGAGGGCCAGGCUGAAGACCCUGCUGGUCGAGCGACCCCUGACCUUUGCCCUCAGCGAGAUGUUUGACUUGACCUUCCCCGGGGGCUUCGUGCUGCGGCCGGAGGUCAGGAAGGAGCAGAGCACCCGCCCCCACGGCAUCACCACCGGACACCACCUGGGGAAACCCCUCCCCCCUGACAACCAGCUGAAGGCUGAUGACCCCUCCUCCCUGACAACCAGCUGAAGGCUGAUGACCCUUGGAUAAUUAUUUCUCCAAUAGAACCCAGAGAGUGUUCUUCAGUGGAAGCUUCUCUAACAUCAGAUAUGUAAAGUGCGGUGUCCCUCAGGGUAGUUGCCUUGGGCCAGUUACUCUUCUCUAUUUUUACAAAUGAUUUGCCACUUGUCUUACACAAAGCUAGAAUGACUACGUAGAUGAUUCCACACAUUAGUAUCAGGUGUUUAAUAAUAAAAACAUUCUCUAAGACCUAAACCUCAGCUGGAGUUGUGUAUAAAGGGUGUGACCAUUGAGCAAGUUGAGGAAGCUAAAUUCCUACUUAUAAACUGGGUGCUUCGAGCCCUGAAUGCUGAUUGGCUGACAGCCGUGGUAUACCACAAAUAUGACAACAUUUAUUUGGACUCCUCUAAUUACGUUGGUAACCAGUUUAUUAUAAUAGCAAUAAGGCACCUCAGGGGGUUUGUGGUAAAUGGCCAAUAUUCCACGGCUAAAGGCUGUAUCCAGGACCUGCGCAUUGCGUCGUGCUUAAGAACAGCCCUUAGCCGUCGUAAAUUGGCCAUAAACUACAUCCCCCUCGUGCCUUAUUGCUUAAGAAUUACAUAGGAUGGUCAGUUAUUAUGGUCAAGUCAAAUUGACAGAGUUGUUGUGAAGAUGGGGAGAGGUAUGUCUGUUAUAAAAAGAUGUUCUGCGUUUUUGAAACAUCAAUAAACUGCACUAGUUGUUCAGACUCUG